AUGUUAGUCACUCCCCAUAGUCCUCCCUCUGCUGUCUACUUCCAGUCUUCCAUCAUUUUCCUCCUUCUCUUUCCCCCCACAAACCCUCAUCUCCUGCAACUCAAAUACAUACAAAAAAAUCAAAUCAAAUUCAAGAAUUUAGGUUAGAAGUUAAUUACAGAUCAGAUCUCAAGUAUGGGGAAGCCUCCUCAUCCUCAUCAUCACAAGCCGCCGAGUGGGCGCACAAAUUUAGCUUCUUGCAUCGUCGCCACCAUUUUCCUCAUCUUCCUCCUCAUCGUCGUCUUCAUCGUCUACUUCACCGUCUUCAAGCCCAAGGACCCCACCAUCACCGUCAACGCCAUCCAGCUCCCCACCUUCUCCGCCGCCAACGCCACCGUCAACUUCACCUUCUCUCAGUACGUCUCCGUCGAGAACCCUAACCGCGCCGUCUUCACCCACUACGACAGCUCCCUUCAGCUCCUCUACUCCGGCACCCAGGUCGGCUUCAUGUUCAUCCCCGCCGGAAAGAUCCACGCCGGCAAGACCCAGUACAUGGCCGCCACUUUCUCCGUUCAGUCGUUCCCCCUGUCUGCCGCCGGCCAGCCGCUCACCGUCGGCCCCACGGUCACCGAUGGGCUCAGCGGGUUCCGGGUCGGGCCGUCGUUGGAGAUCGAGUCGAGACUGGAGAUGGCGGGUCGGGUUCGGAUGCUCCACUUUUUUACCCACCACGUGGAGGCUAAAGCAGAUUGCACAGUGUCUGUUUCUGUAAGUGAUGGAUCUGUAAUGGGUUUUCACUGUUAGUUAUUUUGUUUUUAACUGUUUUUUUUUUUCUUUUUUAAGUUGAAGCCAAAGAUUCCUCUGAAGAAAUUGUAAAAAUUUUAAUUUAUUUAAA